UUAUUUUUAAACAGUUGACACAUUCGCCUCUUUAGAAAAAGAUAAUUAGAAAAAUAAAGCAAUUAAGCAAAGCAACUAAAAUUAAAAAUAAAUAAAUGUUUAAUUAGGAUAGCAAUAAUAAAACUAAUAAAUAAACAAUUAAGUUGAUGAUAUUUUUCUUUAAUAAAAUUUUUAAAUGGAUGAUCAGUUGCAUUAAAAUUAAAGAACUUAAACUAGGAAUAAUGUAAACUAAUUUAUACCUUAACAAUAAUAAUAAUAUUAAUAACAAUAUUAAUAAAAAACUCUUAGCUUUGAUCCAAAUAAUAUUGAUCCUGAUAAUGAACCUCCUUUGUUAGAAGAUUUGGGUAUUGAUUUAUAAAGCAUUAAACAAAGAAUCUUAAUUGUUUUGAAAAUUAAAUAAUGUGAUAAGCAGUAUUUAGAAGAUACAGAUCUAGCAGGGCCUAUUUUGUUUGGUUUUAUACUAGGAUUUUUACUAAUGCUUUCUGGCAAAUUACAUUUCGGAUAUAUAUAUGGAUUCGGAAUUAGUGGAACUAUAGGAAUAUACUGUAUAAUGAACUUCUUAAGUAGAAAUGCUCAAAUUGAUUUAUAUACUACAUUAAGUAUUCUAGGAUAUUGCAUUAUACCUUUAAUAUUUUUAUCAUUAUUUAAUAUUUUUAUAAGUUUGCAGAACUUGUUUGGAACAAUAUUUGCCAUUUUAACUAUUUUAUGGUGUACUAGUAGUGCCUCUAACUUUUUUGUAGAAAUGAUAUAGUAGGAUCAUAUAAAAUAUUUAGUUGCAUAUCCUACUUUAUUAUUUUAUAGUAUAUUUGUGAUGCUAACAAUUUUCUGA